AUCAGAAGCUCUACAACCAGAUCCAUACUGGUUGACACGAGCAUUUACUAUUGGUUACAUUAUCAAAAAAGAUUGUAAGAGAAAUUGCGUUUAAGCUUUGGUUAGACAUACGAUGGAAAGAAUGAUCUGGCCUACAGGUGGUAUUAGUGUGGUUUAUAGGAAAAAAAUUUCUUUACAUCUUCUAAUUUUGAACAUACAUUUGAUAAAUAAAUAAGAAAUGGCACGAAGAGGAUAAACAGAGAAAAACGUUUCUUAACGGCUUGAAGACAAAAAUAUCCGAUCGUCAACGUUAAAAGAGCUGUGAAUAUCUGCAGAAAAUACUGGAGUCAGCAAAAUAAUUCUAAAAUUUUUUCACACAAAUUAUGUUCAUCUUGUGCAGGGCCCCGCACACCCUCCGCUAAAAAUCUGCAAGAUCUGCAGCGCUCUAGUGAUGAAAUCGAGGAAAAUUCCGUAACCAAUGAGGACUAGGCCAUGGGAAAAAUUAUGGUGAGGUGAUCAGCUUAAAGCAGACGAUGAUGAGUGGAACUACAUUUUCUUCUGGAGUUCCAGCAAAGGAGACAGUGAUGAAGGAUGAAUGGAUCCAUAUCAUUUUCUAUACAACGAAAUUUUAAUUUUGAAUGACUUUUUUAACUAGCUAAAGAUUUUUAGGCAUCCUUUCACGCGUUAUUCAAUUACCUUUUAAAGGCGAUGACGUCAUAAAAUGAUGAUGACGUCAUGAAAGAACGUUUAAAAGUAAGUAUAAUAGAAAUUCAAUACAUCUUUUAAAAGCACUGAAUUUGUGCAAUUCGAAUAUGGAACAUAUUUGACAAUGAUAGUUGCAAGAAAACAAUUAAAAAGGUUCAAAGUGAAUUUUCUCCAAGUUGAUGACGUCAUCACAAAAUUUGACUUGCGUUCAAGAUAUUUUUCGUUUCAUCUCAGAUUUGAAAUCUGCAUAGUUAAUUUGGUGCAAAAAUGCAAAAAAAGUUGAGUUCGAGUCCUUGGCCGAUUUUUAAAGAUUUUUUAUCAUUUUUUUGAUGACGUCAUCAAAAACAGUAACUUCCGGUGAUAAUUUUUUUGGCCCAUCUUGGAUUUGGAAUCUCCAUGGUCGAUUUAGUAAGAAUGUGAAAUAAAAUUUGAGGUUAGGCAGUUUGCUAGUUUUUUCUACAAAAUUCCCUGUCUAGAACAAGAAUAUUUUACAUGCCUCACAAACCAGUUGUAAGAGAGAGCGCUGCUACCACAAAGGUGAGAAUGGUAUUUGAUGCUAGUGCACGCCCAACGCCAACAACAAACAGCAUCAAUGAUUGCAUGUACAAGGGACCUGCGUUGCAGCCAAAUAUUUGGGACAUUAUGGUCAGAGCAAGAAUGACACCAUAUCUGCUGCUAGGAGACAUACAAAAGGCAUUUUUACAAAUUGGAAUUAAAUCAGAGGAUAGAGAUGCAUUCAGAUUCUUAUUCACACUGAGUGGGAAGGAAGAACACCUAAGAUUUCUAAGGGUCCCUUUUGGGGGGGAAGCCAGCCCAUUUAUGUUGGGGGGAACCUUGCAGCACCAUUAUGAGAAAUUUACUAACACAGAGCUAGCCAGUACCCUAGAAAUGCUCAGAGAAAAUACAUAUGUAGACAAUCUGAUGUGUACAGGAAUGAGCAUUGAAGAGCUUCAAAGAUUUAAAGGAGAGGCAUCUGAAAUACUAGAGGACGCAAAGUUUCAAAUUCAUAAAUGGGAAUCCAACAUAGAAAGCCUAGAAAGUGAAAAUAUGGAGAAUCCAAGCAAGAUUUUGGGGCAUGUUUGGAACAAGGAAGAAGAUACUUUGAUGGUACCCAUAAACAAAGGGGAAGAGGAUAAGGUCUCAAAGAACACUGUAUUGAGUCAAUUAGCCAGAAUUUAUGACCCCUUGGGAAUCAUUUCACCAACCCUAGUAGAAGGAAAGAGAAUCUUCAGGGAGGCCUGUGAUGAGAACAGGGGAGGGGAUGCUGAAGUUUCUGAACCCCUUAUGAAAGAUUAUUUGAGAUGGAUGAGACAGCUGAGAGAAUUAAAGAUACCAAGAACUUUAGUAAGAGAAAUAAGAGCAGUUGAUGCAGUGAAUUUACACAUAUUUGCAGAUGCAAGUGAAAAGGCAUGCUGUGCUGUGACAAUUGCAGUAGUGGAACAAGGAUCAAGCAAAGUAAAAGGCUUACUCACUUCAAAGUCAAGAAUUUCAAAGAGAAACACUUCGAUAGCCAGACUUGAGUUGGUUGGGGGGCAAAUGGCAGCAAACAUGGCCAAGAACAUUUGCAAAGCAUUGAAGAAUUGGCCAAUAACAUCAAUCAAUGUGUGGAUGGAUAGUAUGGUGGCCUUAUUUUGGAUAAACAAUCCAGGGAAACAAUGGAAAGCAUUUGUAGCGAACAGGGUGAGAAAGAUUACAGAGAUAGGGAAUGAAAUUGGAAUAGAGUGGAAAUACCGCCCAUCAAGUGAAAAUUUAGCAGACCUAGGCAGUCGGGGUGCGAACAUAGAGAAAAUGGUAGAAAAGAAGUGGUUUGAAGGGCCAGACUGGCUGCUAAAUGAAGAAGAAUGGCCAGAACAACCAGUGCUGAAGAGUUCAAAAAGAAACUUGGAAGAACAAAGACCAAUUAAAGAGGCAAUCUUAUUCACAAACGAGACAGAGAGUGAUGAAUGGGAUAAGCUUUUAGAGCGUCAAAGCUAUUGGAGAACACUUAGAACCACAUCAUGGUGUUUGAGAUUUAUCAAAAAUUGUCUGCCACGGAUCGGAGAAGUAGUACUAGUUGUUGGUGAUGAAAGAAAUAAAGGGCAGUGGAAGAAAGCGAGAGUAGAAGAGCUUGUGAAAGGAAGAGACGACGUAGUCAGGGGAGUGCUUUUGAGACACAAAGGACAUCUCAUAAAGCGACCGGUUCAAGCUAUCUACCCAUUGGAGAUUAGUUGUCAAGCGAAGGAGUCACAGACAGUGGAAACAAUCAAAGGAGCAACUGAUGACAAAGUCAAUGUGAUAACAGUUGAAACAAUCAACGGAGCAAUCGAUGCCAAGGCCAAUGUGACAACAAGAGAGAAGAGAAGAGCUGCGGUGGAUGCAGAAGUGAAGACGAGACUUUGUUUGGAAGAAGAUUGAAGAGGACAACUGCGUACCGUAAAGGUUUGAUAAAAUUUGACUCGGGUAUGUUACUUUACUCAAAUUUUAGGGGAGUUUGUGUACGGUACUUUAUUAUUAUCAUUCGUUAUGUUGAUUAGUAGUGGACAUUUUAGGACAGUUUAGGACAGUAGAGAACUGGGACCGAGUUUCAGUUAUUUUGAGUUAGAUCUUCGAGAGCACGAGACAAGAUGGCGAAUCUUAGAGUUUAGCGAUUUGUGUGCGGCACAUUUCCGUACAAUUUUAUGCUCUAAGAUUUUGUUCCUCUGAGGCUUUUUUGGAUUCUGCGCAAAUAUGUCUUUGUAGUCAGAAGUCAAGGAUAUUAAUGUAGUCUUUAACGAGGGAUUAUCUUUUACUGGGCCUUGUGUGAUACUUCCCGUUGCGGCAGCGUGUAAGGCCUGGUUCAAAUGUCGCACUUCUCAUGUGCCGAAUCUAACUCUGUUUGGAGCGACACUUGAGCAUGUUUAGCGCGACUCCCGUUUCAAACGUCGAACUUAAUCAUGUCGCGCCAAAUGGGUUUUAGGAUUGUUACAUGAAGUAUCUUGGUUAAGGCGCGCAAUCACAAAUAUUUGUUUCAAAC